AUGGAACGGAUAAAAGAUCAGACGUUCGAAAAUGAACAGCCUAAUCCCCAUAAGUUCCAUUUCACUAUUGACGAAGCCAGUGAAACUGAUGACCAAACAACAACCAAUGUCGAAGUGUCACCAUUAAAUGAUGAUUUACGGCAGGAAUACUUAACUUCGGAACAGUUACAACAGCUAUUUAGUCGAGCUAGUUCUGAAUUGGUUGCAGAAACUACGGAGGAACAAGAGCUUUUAAAACGUGAAGCGUCAAUGAAAGCACCGAAAACAAGUGAAGUACUACAAACGGCAUUUCCACCCCUUCCACCUGAUCGUAAAGAAGAUGUAGAUAUUGACAUUGAACAAUUAAAACAAUUAGCUAAACAAGAAGCAGGCCCAUUGAUCAUUGAACGAUAUUCUCCUAAUGAGAAAGAAAUUGAUCAUGUAUUAUCAGCAAUUACGCUGACAUUUAAUCAACCAAUGAUUACUGUUUCAUCAUUGAAUGAAAUAAUGGAUAUAGAAAAUUCAGGUAUUUCUUUAACACCAAAAAUAGAAGGACGAUGGAGAUGGACAGGAACGAAAACAGUUCAAUUUGAAGCAAAACAUCGUUUGCCUUAUUCAACAAAGUACACAUUAAAAGUCAACAAAGAACAUUGUGUAUCAGCAAUAGGCGGUAGAUUAGAUGAAGACUUUAUCCUUGAAUUUGCAACAAGAACACCAAAAGUUGUUGAAUUUUUACCAUAUGAAACAGUUUCAACAUUAAAACCUAAAUGUUUUCUGUUAUUCGAUCAAAAAAUUCACAUGCAUGAAACUCUGAAACAUCUACAUGUAACGUACGGUGAUGGAUGUAAAAUGCAAAAUGAAGAACUAGAACUAUUAGAUGAAAUGACAGCAAAAAAUGAAUUUAAAUCAUCUAUAAAUGCUCACGAAGGAAAUCAUGAGAAAUACGUUGCAUUUACAUUUAAACAUAAUCUAUUAAAAGCAACACAAUAUACUAUUCAAAUGCCUCUUGGUUGCCCAUCAGCUGAAGGUCCACUAAAGACAACAUCAGAGUGGUCCACUAGUUUUCAUACGUAUGAACCAUUAAAAAUAACUGACUGGUAUCCAAAUAUGACGCGCGAUUCGGAGCAAUCCAUUGAUCCAGGUAGAAGUUGGUCACUAACAUUCAAUAAUUCAUUAGAUCAUUCAACAAUUAAUAAGUCAUUAUUCAAAUUUGAACCAGAAGUCAACAGUUUAGGUAUUGAACAUACGAAAGACAAUGAUCAACAAAUAAUAAUACAUAACAAUUCUGAACCAAAUACUAUUUAUACACUGUUUAUACAAUCAGAAACAUUGAAAGAUAUUUAUGGUCAAAUAUUACAACAUAAUAAUUCAGAUAAUUUAAUUCAAUUUCGCGUACACGAUUCAGCAGUAAUUGGAGAUAUAUCGGGUGCAACAGGUAUGAUUAUAAUGGAUCCAGGUGUAUUAGAUGAUCCAUUUUAUCAAUUUAUGGUUUAUAAUUAUUCAGAAUUGACACUUCGCAUAAAUCGAGUGAAACCAGAACAUUAUCAACCAAAUUUACCAUGUUUGAGGUCAUACUGUUACAUUUAUGAAGAUGAAGAAUGGUAUAAUAAACUACCUGGAGAAGAAUUAGUAAAUGAAGUUAUUCUAACAAACUGUACACCCAAUGAGCCCAAAGAGAUAAAAAUUCCUUUGAAACCAUAUUUGAAUAAAAAAUCCAACACCGGUCAAUUAAUUGUAUUAAUUGAACCGACGCAAAAAUCAUGGAAUGAAUGCCAAAGUGAAGAUUGGAAAUAUAGAACAGUUCUAUCAGCCUGGUUGCAAUGCACACGAUUAGCAGUCGACAUAUUUUUUUCUUCAGGUAGUGCAAAAGUAAUCUUAACUAUAUGGGUUACUGAAUUAAUGACUGGAGUACCCGUUAAUCAGGCAACUGUUUCAAUGCUAAAUAAAACACAAGAAACAAAUCAACAAGGCUUAUGCACCAUUCAAAAUUUCAAGACAGACGACCGUAACGAAGAUAUUUUGGUUGUGAAAAAAGAUGAAGAUCUAUGUAUGUUAGUAAAUUAUUACAGUUAUGCAUUAGACUCUAAUAUUUAUGUAUGGCAUGUAUUUGAUGAUCGGAGGUUAUAUAAACCAAAGGAAGAUGUGUAUGUGAAAGGCUAUGUUCGAUUACUGAAAGUAGAAAACGAAGCCAAAUCACCAUCUUAUGCCCAAGGUACAAUUGAUUAUACAAUUUAUGAUUCUUGUGAUAAACAGCUUGAACAAUCAAGCUUGAAAUUGAAUAAUUAUGGCGCAUUUGAUAUAAAAUUUAAACUACCUGACAAUGUUAACUUAGGUAAAGUCUUAUUCUCAUAUUUACUGCUUUAUACAAUUCUUAGGCUUCAUAUCACAUAUAUUAUAUCCGACAUAUUUUGUGAGUUUUCUACUUGCAAUAUAUGUACAAGCAAAAUUAAUAACGUAUUCGAGGCAGAACUGGGCAAGUCAUUCGAAGAAUACUCCGAUUUUUCCCUUUAAGAAGUGUAACCCUGAUUUAAGUGAUGUUAAAUUACAUAGUGUUUAGGUUACAAAAUGAUAUAUUUCAUUUUUUAAUAUAUUAAUUAAUCACUUUUUCUUCGUACUAUUUCUUUAUUUAUUCCAAACGUUUCGAUUGAUACUUCAGUCUUCUUCAGUAGAUAACAAACAUUAAUUAAAUUGAUUAAAAUUAUAUUAACAAAACAAAACGAAUUCAACAGACAACUUUUUUUCUCCUUUUUCAAAAAACUAUUAAAACUAUUUAAAAACUAUUUAAAAAACAGCUGGGGUUGUUUUUCCCCUUUUUGUAAUUCCACUUGACAGUCGAUAAUAAAACAUAGUGUGCGAUCUGCCUGAUAAUGUUUUAUCUAUUGUUUCUUCUCCAUUGGCUUCCGUAAUAAUACUUUUGCAUGUUUAUGAUGCACUUUAGUUGUCGAAAACAGCAACUGCUCGUUCGUCAAACUCAAUUCUUUGAGUGCGUUACAUUGGUAUCUACUAUUUUAAAUGACUUUAUGCAACCUAUAGUUAAUCUUGAACCAUUGGUUCAGAAGUUAUUCGCAGUUUAUGAAAAUAUGAAUCGCUAAUAUCUCACGAAUCACCAAGAUAAAAAGUCUUAAACUACUAGGGUAAUUUUUAGCAUCAGAGGGAGAGGAGAUAGAUCUGAGGUUUGGUUCCAUAUUCUGCAACGAGCCUUACUGAAUGAUGCUGCUGACAUUAUUACAUGUUCGCUACAUCGAAUUAACGAGCAGUGAGAAUAAUUAACGACCAUUUAAGGGUCCUCCCUCAGAAAUGGUGAUUUUCGAUCAAAAAAUCGGUUUUGAGAUAUGCACAUGGAAAGAUAGCCUGAAGUGUCUACUUCCAGAAUCUGUAUUGCUUUCGGUUACAAAAGUGGUUUUUUGGGGAUUUUGAGCAACUUUUCUAAGAGCCUCGAAAAAAUGUGUCUUCAAAUAAUGUUUUUUUCCUGGAUGCUUAUGCAUGAAAAUUUUUCUGAAAAUACAGCUUUGUAGAGCAAACGUUUCUGAUCAGAAUAAGACUUCGCACAACUUCGUAUGACCUUGUAUCAAAAGUUACAGGCAUUUCCAUAGAAGUCCUAAAAUCGAGUAUUUCAUACAGCGUUUAAUACAGCGUUUUCAGUAUAUAAGAGUUACACCUGAAGUGCGUCCCAAGAUUUUUAAUAGCGGUUUGUCGUAGAGAGUUCAUUCUUUUUUGUUUAAAAGAGGAAAAGAAACUACAUCGACUGACCGGCGUCGAUUUUUGAAUUAGGUCUUAGUUUUUUGUCAAACUAAGGCUUUUUAGAAAAUCCGGAAGAAGUUUUCGGGUUUCGGAGAUUGUUGGUUGCCUGAAAAACCUAUAAAGGCUUAAUUGAAAACUCGGCGUCGGUCAGUCGAUGUAGUUAGGUGUCUAGUUUAAAAUAAAACAAACCCGAACUCUCCAGCUUGAAGUAUAUUACACAAUCUUCGGCCGCC